CCUGUUGGUUUUUCUUCUCCGAUCGUAGGAGACAUUUAAGAUCGGACGGAUUCAAUAAACAAUUCCGGUUUGUGUUAAUUCAAAGGAUACAGCCCAGUUUUAUAAUACGCAGCAAUCGUAAGGACACCGCACGUAUAAGAAUGCAUCGCUAUCGAUUGUCGACAAACAUGUCCAUUUACAUCGGCAUCGUGAUUCUUAUUUUGCUCUCGGUUGCGAUCGACGACGCGGAGGCCAGACGUGGACGCGCUAGGGGUCGCACGAAAUCUAGGAUGCAAAUUGGACUCCCAAUUACGGGUAAAUAUCGCGAUCCAGAAUCGGACCAAUAUUACAACAAUAAUAAUGGAGCAAAAAUAACACUGGCGUCACACUUCGAUUAUGAAUACGUUCUGGGACACAAGAUCGCUUUCCUGUGUGUGGCACGUGGAACGCCUCGACCGACAAUCACCUGGUUUAAGGACGGUGUUGAGAUCUUCAGCCAUCUGUAUCUGCACGUGCACGAAUGGUAUAUUGGAAAGGAUAAGGUGAAGUCUAAGAUUGAGAUCGAUCCUGCCACGCAGAUGGAUGCUGGUGUGUACGAGUGUACCGCCGACAACAUGUACUCGAUCGAUCGGAGGAGUUUUAAGACCGAUUUCUCGAUCGCUUUUGAUUAGCUGUGGUUUUACCGUUCCUACAUUGCUUCUGGGACAGUCCAGUCAAUUAGCACAUUUAGCACUGCACGUGAGCACAGAUAGUUUAAAUCAUUCCGACAAGAUGUAGCGUAAAUAAAGAGAGAUUAUUCGUAUAUACAUA